CGGCUGAUCAGUUAUGGCGGGCAAACACGUCUGAACCCGCGAUUCUCGCGAAGCACGUACGGCCUACAUCCGGCAUUGUUACGGCGUAUGAUACAUCGGCAAGCAAACGUCAAACUGUACCUCAUUCGUGUUACAUUUAUUUCGUUCGCCAUACAGCACAGAGCAUAUACUUGAUGCUCAUCGAAACCCUUUGUCCAACGCGCGCUCCUCCUGUUCGAAAUUUCAAACACCUACAACGCAAAAUUUAAACAAAACAUCUGAUUUAGCGAUUGCCAAAAUGGCAAGCAGUUCCAUGGAUAUGAUUGACCAAAAAAUCUUAGAUGUCCUGAAACAACAGCCUAAAAUUCCAAAGGAACUCGAAGACUAUUUGGAAUCAGCGGCCAAAGCAUUUCAGACCAAAGCUUAUACAAAAGCCGCAAAAUAUUUUAACGAUUUUUUAGAUGCAAAUAACAAAGACAACAAAUACUUAAGUAACGAUGAUGAAACCAUUGUACUAGUAACAUACAUGUCAUGCCUAUGUUUUAUCGAAUCUGCUGACUCUAAGAAUUGGUGGGAUGCUGUUAACGCAUUAGAAAAAUUAGUCAAUUAUCAAGGUGCUAAAUAUCCAAUGGUGUAUUGGGCCCUAGGAAAAGCUUACGUCAAACUUUAUCGUUUUGGAAAAGCUGCUCAUGCACUUGCAAAAUGUUGUUACUUAAUUCGUGAACGUAAUGUGAAGUGUCCAGGAUAUUGUAUCCCAGGUAGUAAUGAAAUCAUUCCUGAAUCUACAAAGGAGGGUCUUGAGUAUGCUAUUUUAGGUCUCAAGGAGCACAUGCUUGUUUAUCAUAGACCAAACACUGUAUGCUGCUUAAAUGAGUGUUCGAACUUCAGUGCCAAUGAAUCUGAGACGAAAGCAAUAUUUUUUGGGAGUCCAACUUUCAUUGGGAUGGUACAGGUCACUUGUAAUAAUUCUUGCAAUAAUUGUAUCAUGCGUUUUCACGUUGUUUGUUGGAAGGCUAAAAAAGAGUCAUUGUGUUCAUCCGGUAAACUUUCUGACAAGGAAGUUCUUCACUUGGAAUGCUUCACUCCGAAUUGCGUAGAUGCUAAAGGGGUCCGUUCCAUUAUCAGAAAAAUAGAGAUUAUCGAUGAUCAGGGUAUUGUUAAAGCGACCAUAGAACCCCGAGGCGAUGAUGCUGUCAAGCAUGCUAAGACUGCUUCAACGCCUAAAGGAGCCAUAAAAAAGCAACAGCAGCAACCCAAACUUAAAAAUUCGAGCGAACCACGUGCUCCGGUGGUACGAAAUCCCAAGCCACCUGUUGUACAGAAAGAAGUAGUUAAAGUAGAAGUAGCUGAGGAAGGAGACGAUUUACAGGACGAACAGACCCUUAAGCUUGCAGUGGAAAAACUGAAAACUCUUAGAGCUAAGAAUUUUGGAAUAAAGGACGAGAAGAUUUGGAAACCAAAUUUGUCAAUGUACGGUAAUGAUUUCAUGUUAAAAACAGCCGAAGCUAUGCCGGAUCCAGAUUUUUCCGAUGAUCGUCCAUAUGACGAGGAAAAAGCUUUUGUUUUUUCAUAUUUGUUUGAGUUCAUAUCAAAUAAUGGUCCCAUGAAAUUGAGUCGUCUUGAUGAAAAAUGGAAAGAAAUGCAAAUGGAAAUACUUGGAAAACCGUGUCAAUCCAUAUCAUCGCAUCACGCUGAUAUAGGGGACUUUUUGACGCAGUCAUUGAAACUCGCAAUUGUUGGUGAUUAUAUAUCUACGGCAGAUAAACUUCCAGAAGCUUAUUACUUAGCGAGAAAUGAUGCUUGUGAAAUAGUGAAAUUUUUUAUGGAGCCCGACGCAGAUGAAAAUUCAACGGGUUCGUCUUUAGAUGACGAGGCAGCUUUCAAUGACUUCAUUCACCAAGAUUAUGACUACUCAAUGUCAAAUUCAACGAUCACUAAUGGUGCUCAAAGCCUUAACGGCGAACCUCUGUUCGUUCCUCAUGCGUCAAUUAAUAAUAAAAAGAAAUGUGACAACGAGUAUACAAAUGGGUUUGCUUCGACGAAAGAUAUUAUGGAACCAGAAGAAAUCCGAGAAAUUAACAAAACUGAUAUGUGCCCGUCCAAUGUUGCAAAAUCAGGGUCAUCUUCAAAUGUUGAAUGCUCAGGAGAUAACGUGCUCGUUGAUAAAUCAGCGACAAUAAAAAACUUCACACCGCCCAUUCAGGCGGAAAAAAAUUCUACAAAACUUCCGUAUUCGCUCGAAUUACCACAAAAAAAUACUGGCAUCGAAUCAGUGGAGAAUGGCGAUGGAGAAAUCGAGAAAGAAUCGUUUAUUGAUCAAGCCUACAGACAUGAAGGAGGGGAUUCACCGAAAGUCACGGUCAAAGGAGCUUACAGCGUUUCUGACAUUGAGAAUCACGUUAAAUCAUCUCCACUAGAAUUGAAAAUUCUACACCGCAUAUCAGCACGCGAUACAUCAGCAAACGAAACUAAAUUGACGAAAGUAUAUCAGAAUCAGAAUGCUCUGAUCAACGCUGUUUGUAAAACAUCGGUUAAUUCGAUUGAUUCUGAAAAUUCCAAACAAGUACCGAUUGUGGAGAAUAAAACGGCGACUUUGCCGAAUGUGGAAGCUGUGGAAAAGUCUGCGAUACCUCCACCCAAAACCAAUAAUGUUUUAAAGUCGAUGACCAGUCAUGUGGAUAAUUUAAAAUUGAUUUUGGAGGUGCAACUAUUGAAGGAUGAGUUGGCCGAAAUAAGGGAGGAGAAGGAGAAGUUACAGACGGACCUCAAAGUCGUGACCGAUAACUCUACGAUAAUUAUAGGACGAUUGGCAAUGGACCUGUUGACUAAACAAUACAAUUUUAAUCGAAGCGCUCUAACUGAGGUCUUGAACGAGUUAUAUUUCGAGUACAAACUGAUUUCGAAUAUUCAGAAUAUUCUGCAUUCCUCCAUUGGCACAAAAUUGCCACUAAACGAAUCUGAAAUCACGAGCAACAUCACGGAAGUUGAAAAAAGAAUUAACAAUUAUCAGGAAAAAUUUAUAAAAGUACGAGACGAGUUGUCGGCGAGUUUGGUUGAAGGAAAUUUCCAAUCAAUAAAUUUGCCACCGGAGCAAAUUCCCGACAUUCCGAAGCAAAACUUGGAUCACGUUCUCCAAUCGGCGUUCGGCCUGUACAGAAUGCAUUUUCUGAAGGAGUUUCAAAAUUUGCAGAUGCCUAAAGGACCAACUUCCUUCAUGCCUCCUCAAUUCGGCCCGAUUCCACCUUACUGGCCUCCUCUUAAUGUACACAGCAAUAUUUACAACCAAAGACCCCUCGUGAAUGAUCAGAAUCCCCGAAAUUCUCAACCCUUCGACCAGGUCCAACAACAGUUUGCUCAGCCAAACUUUGGCUCUUCUAUGCUUCCGCCGCCGUACUUCGGCGCGCGACAAUAUGUAGCACGCCCAUCGCUACCGCCGUUAAAUUCAUAUUUAAGUUAUCCUCCACCGUUACUGAAUCCUCAACGACCCGCAGCGCCGAAUCAUUUAAAUAAUCCUGCUGCGACUGAACUCCCUUUCAAUCCGACGAGGCAGACAACCGACCAAGUAAACGAUCAAUCGCAGGCAAAUUCAAAAUUCGGACCACAGCCGCCCUGUGAUUCUAACUCCAAGCAAAGCACAACGUCAUUCUUAGGAGAGCCUCUUCAGUUUUUAAAAGACAAAUCAAAUUAUCGUGGAUCUCAAGAAAAAAUCGCUGUUCCUGAUUGCUCGCUGGAACUGUCUAACUCCACUGGGAAUCUCGCGCAACCGCACACCAAAAUAAAUGACCCUUCAUCGGGAGCUGGUCCUUCCACGGAUUCUGAGCCCGUGCAGAAUCAUGCUGAGAUUGUAAAAGGAGCUGGCGAUAACGUUUCGAUAAUUUCACAGCCAAAAACUCCGGUUCGCACAACACGUGCUCAUAGCAUGGAUAAAUUGAUGCGGCGUCUCAGAUCUCACUACACCGGAGUAUUGGAAUUGGAUUUGCUGAAGAGUAUCGAGUGCGUCCGCAAGCAGCACAAUAAUUCAUUAUCGAAAUUACCGAUCUGCCGAAUAAUACAAGAAGCUGACAAUUUCAUCGGGAUAAUUCAACAAAGACAAUUGUGCGGUUACGUGAAAUACCAGCCGAAUCAAUAUUCCGCAGUGCGUUCGCCGAUCACGCCGAAUCGGGGGGACACCGAACGCAUGAAGGCCUCUACAUCAAGCGGAACUCCAUUGAAAAAAGAGUCAACGGUAUCUUCGGGAUCUAAAAAAAAAUGGGAACCGGUGCAUAUUCCGAAUGAAUCAUGGAAAAAAGACCCCGCUGCCAACUCAGAGUGCGCGAUAUGCUUUGAAACGAUGUCGAACGGCAAUAUUAUGACUUUGGAGUGUCAACACUCCUUUCAUAAACAGUGCAUGCGCGAUUGGCACAAGCACCAAAUAGUGAUUGGUUCAUGUCCACUGUGCCGUCGUCAUACACCGAUUGACAACGAAUUUCCUCCGUUGGGUUAGCGAGACUGAGUUUCUUCGCAAAAAUAAGCGCGCGACUAUGCUGUAAAGUCGCUAUAUUUUUUAUAUUACUUUUUUUCAAAUUCCAUACUUUCUCCCCAUUUUUAUUUAUAAGACGCUUCCGACUGUAUCGAAAGAAGAACGAUGCAGAAAAGAGAAACUUACAAAUGUAUCUUGUAAGAAAAGAUUAACGAAAAAGUUAUUCCAUGAGA